CCCGGAUUGUUCUGGUCGCCGAAGGAUUUUGAUUGCGAACCCACCAGGAAUCAUCCCAUUCACUACGGUAUUCUUGGCCUGACCGAAGUUAAUUGCUGAAGGAUUCUGAAUCCGAAUCAUAUUCCAGCUCUGAGGACCAAGAUUUGCCCCUUGUUGUAGGGCUUCAGCAUGAUCCUGCGAAGCCCAGGAUCGAAAAAUCCCUUCAACCAGCGCACAGCACGACUUGCAUAAUCACUACGCAAAUAUCCCUUCUCCCUCAUGUCUCUCCCCUCUUUCUCCUUGACCUUCUACAUUUACAGCCAGUAUGGGCUGGGUGCACCAUGCCUCGCCUGAAGUGGAAGCGGAGUCGCAAUAUCGCCUCAUUCUAGGGGUGUGCCUGGGCUUGACCCUGUUGAUGAUUAUCACAGUUUGCCUGCGUUUAGCAAUUCGAUUCAACGCCCGCCGAUUGGAAGCGUCCGAUUUUGUGAUGCUGGUGACUAUGAUCUUCAGCAUCAUAUACAGCGCAUUGUGCGUCGCUCAGAGCAGGUACGGCCUCGGAUUACCCUUGUCGCUGCGCCCCAAGGCAGACCUUCCGGAUUACACAAAGCUCAAUUAUGCCGGUCGCCCAUUCUACCAACUUGGAAUCGCCGGAUUCAAAGCUUCUCUAUGCCUCAAUUAUUUGCGAUUGAUUUCCGGAACAUCCAAGAAUUUCUACCGAAUCCUCAUAUGGGCCGUAAUAGCUGUCUCGACACUUGGCCAUCUUGCGGGCACAUUAGUUCUGAUAUUCGACUGCCAGCCGGUUGAGCGCGCCUGGAACCCCAACAUCUCCGGGUCGUGUCUCCCAGCAGGGCCAACAUUCUAUGGAUUAGCCAUCUUCACCAUUAUCUGCGACAUCACCAUCAUCAUCCUUCCCAUUCCGCUGUUGCUCCAACUGAAUAUCAAGACCGCACAAAAAGCGGGAGUAGUUUGUCUGUUCCUGCUGGGGCUGUUCACCACGAUCUGCUCUAUCCUUCGCCUCACGCAAAUCCAUCGAGUGGCAUAUGGCGAUGGAAAUUCGACCAUGUUGGUGCUGUGGGGCACAAUUGAGUUCAAUGUCGGGAACAUUGUAACUUGUGUCCCCUUCCUCGCCCCUCUGCUGAAAGGUGCAGUGCGCGAUUUCCGAUCGUACAGUGGCCGGAAAGGGUACGAUAGCCGGAGCUAUGCUUUGCAGACCUGGUCCAAAGACCCGCGCUCGCAGUUACGGUCGACAACUUCGGCGGCGCCGCAACCCAAACGCACGCCCAGCGAAGAGCUUAUCCUCGAGAGUGGGGGCAUCGACGAGGGUGGCAUUCAUAUGACGGUGGAGCUGCGCGUGUCGCUGGAGAAGAGGCCAACGACAGAGGUCAGAAAGUGAUGCCAGUACUCUUGCCAACGAUGGGUCUUCCUUUUUCUUCUCGUCCUAUUGUGAGCCACUUUCCGGCGAUUUCUGAAAUAGUGC